GCUAUGGGUCGUAUUUUCGUUGGCCUCUGUCAAGUUGGUGCUUGGGGCUGUUUUGACGAAUUUAAUCGACUGGAAGAGCGCAUGCUUUCUGCAGUAAGCCAACAAAUCCAAGGGAUUCAGGAGACCCUGCGUGAUAUGGCUUGUAAUCCUAAGGGCAAGGACGCAUUAACCGUUGAGUUACUCGGAAAACAGGCGAGUUUGAAGCAUUAA